AUGACCGUCCAGCCUGCCUCCUCUUCCCCCGGAGGCACCGGGAACCCCCAUUCUCCCAGUGGCGAUGUGACCAAGACAGAGGUUCACUGCGUACAUGAUGAGCGCCCAGCAGAGGAAAAGCGCACCGUCAACGCCUUUCUCAUCCUGACCUGUGUGAUCUUCAGCGCCGCCUCGCUCCUCUUCGGCUUCGACGACAAGAUCAUCUCCCCGGUGGCCUCGCUGGAACCGUUCGUCGCCAAAUACCAAGGCCCCAACCAUGCCGCAGGCAAAUACGUCCUGACAGCCCGCAACCAGAACCUAGUCUUCUCCGUCCCGCUGGUCGGCUCCAUCCUUGGCGGUCUCGCCGCCUCCCCGCUGAACUUCCACCUGGGCCGCAAGCGGCCCGUGCUGCUGGCGUACGUCGUCUCGAUCGCCGGCGGGCUGGUGCAGGUGCUCGCGCCGAACCUGGGCGCCUUCGUGGCCGGGCGCUUCAUCAACGGCGCCGCGAUGGGCAUCGCCAACGGGACGGCCCCGCUGUAUCUCUCCGAGGUGGUGCCGGCGUCCAUGCGCGGCCGCAGUGUGUCCACCCUCAACAUCCUCAACGUCACGGCCGGCGUGCUCGGCACCGUCGUCGUGUACGGAACGAAGACGCUCGGCGGCCGCGAGUCGUACAUGAUCCCGUUGGCCGUGCAGUGCGCGCUGCCCGCGCUGCUGUCGCUGUGCACCGCGCCGCUGCCCGAGAGUCCGCAGUGGCUGGUGGGCAAGGGGCGGGUGGAUGCGGCGCGGCGGAACCUGCGGAAGCUGCGCGGCGGGACGGAUGAGCAGGUCGAGGACGAGUUGCGGCUGCUGGGGGUGUUUGAGGCCGAGGAGCGCCAGAUGAAAGAACGCGUCGCGUUUUGGGAGAUCUUCUCGCGGAAGCAUGUGCGCCGCACGCUGACCUCCGGCUCGUUCUUCUCGCUCAACCAGAUCUCCGGCGUGAUCCUCUCGACCACCUACGGGACUGUGUUUCUGACCGAGAUCGGCGCGACCGAUCCCUUUGCAUUGACGGUUAUCGCGGCGUGCUGUACACUUGCUGGCACGAUUGUGGCGCCGUUUGUGUUGGACCGUGUUGGGCGGCGCCCAACCGCCCUGGUGGGCAUGAGCGUGAUUCUGGUCGUGGACGCUGUGGCGGGCGGGCUGGCGUUCCGCCGCGAUGACCAGCGGGCGACGACGGCCAUUGCAGCGCUCUCGUUCGUGCUGAACUUCUUCUGGGCGUCGUCGUUCUUCUCGCUGUCGGCGCUGAUGCCGUCGGAGAUGGCCACGCCCAAGCUGCGCCACCACACCAUGGCCUACACGGUUGCCUGUGCGCAGACUACGGCGGUCGUGACGACGUUCGUUGUGCCGCAGUUGACGGCAGCGGAUGCGGCGGGGCUGGGCGCGAAGGCCUAUCUCAUUUUCGCCGGGUGUAUGGUCUGUAUUAUUAUCUUUGUGUUCUUCCUCAUGCCCGAGACACGAGGACGCACGUUUGUGGAGAUCGACGAGAUGUACGAGGCGGGCGUGCCCGCGUGGAAAUGGAGGACGUAUAAGACCUCGUGCAACACGGAACCUGCACCUCAAACAAGUGUUGUACAGAACAGCGAUAGAGAGAGAAUAAUAUAG